AUGUCCUCUACCAGCGACCAGACCUCUCAGCCCUUACCUUCCAUCCCCAAUACCAAAUCCAAUGUAUUCAAUGCAAAGACUCCCGACUUCCCUAACCCCAAGGAAUCCAGCUUCACUAUCUACCACCUUAAACGAGCGCUCCGCUCCUCAUCUAAUCCUACGGAUGUACUCAAUAGAGAACUCAUUGGCCUCGCCAGAGAUCUCGACCUCAAAAAUUCGAUCAAUCCAUGUCGGUUUCCAGGGGAUACGGCUAACGACCUGUGCAUGAUUCUGACCGCGGUGGCGGAGGUGAUGGCUGACGGGGACACCAGUCUCGGGGAUGCUACGACAGUGGAGAAAAUAAUGGUCACUGUGAGUGCGAUGGUGCAGAGUUUACGGUUUAAACAGUGGAUGAAGGAGAUGAAUGAUUAUGCUGAGGGGUUGGGAGGGGAGGAAAAAGAACGGGCUGGGUAUUGGUCGAUAAGGAAGUUGGACGAGGAGAGACCGUGGAAGGAGAGAGAGAAUUAG